AUGGAGUAUCUCAUUGGGAUUCAAGGACCUGAUUUCGUCCUAGUCGCUGCUGAUAAUGUGGCUGCUAGCAGCAUUAUUCAGAUGAAACAUGACUAUGACAAGAUGUUCAAGCUGAGCGAGAAGAUCCUGCUGCUCUGUGUGGGAGAGGCCGGAGACACUGUGCAGUUUGCAGAGUACAUCCAGAAGAACGUCCAGCUCUACAAAAUGAGGAACGGAUAUGAACUGAGUCCGGCGGCAGCAGCAAACUUCACACGGAAGAACCUGGCAGACUACCUACGGAGCAGGACGCCGUACCACGUCAACCUGCUGCUGGCGGGCUACGACGAGGCCGACGGGCCGGGCCUCUUCUACAUGGACUACCUGUCGGCCCUGGCCAAGGCGCCCUUCGCCGCCCACGGCUACGGCGCCUUCCUCACCCUGUCCAUCCUGGACCGGUACUACAAACCAGAUCUGACCCGAGAGGAGGCCGUGGACCUGCUGAAGAAGUGCAUCGAGGAGCUCAACAGACGCUUCAUUCUCAACCUGCACUCCUUCAACGUCCGCAUCAUCGACAAGGAAGGCAUCCACGACAUGGAGAAGCUGACCGUGGACGCCAAGUGA